AUGGAGUUUAGCAGCGCCCAAGCAACUCUUCGCAUCCGGCGCGUGCAGUUGUUUUGUGCGGAAAACGGCCUGGACGGCGUGCUGCUCGUCCCUGGCGUCGAUGGCCGUUUCUCUGUCUGCAACCAGGCUAUGGGCUACCUCUUCAGCGGCCGCAGCAACCGCGACACCAUCGACGUAGUUAAACUUGACGACAACCUCGACGAUGCGGUAGCGCUGGUCACUGCAACCGAAGUAAGAUUGUACAUCCCCGAUGCGGAGCUGCGCGAACAGCUCCAAGGCCUGCUGGUACCCCACGUGGCCAGCCUUCGCAUUCUUGGACCCACCGUCUCUGAGGCCGCAGAUCCAGACCUGUUAGAGGAAAACAAACUUGCCAGUUUCGUGCACAUGCUGCGGGGAUGCCAGCGACUCGGCAUCCCCUGCAGCUUAUCGCCUUGUCCAGCACAGAAGAAUGAGGAACCCCCAUCCUCUCAGCUCGCUCCUCGUCUGGGUGCGGAGCAGCUGCUGGCGCUGGAGCGGUGGCCCCUGCUGCAGGCAUACGGCCUGGAGGGAGUGCAUGACGUACAGCCGUACAUGCAGCACUUGUACGGUCAGCUGGACGGCAGGUCUCUGGAGGUGUUGGUUUCGGAGUCAGUACCCACUCUGAGGCUGCACUGGGACGAGAUGCUGCAGGCAGGUGCUGGGUGGCGGUCAUCCUGCCCCCCCGAGUCGUGUGCGGGCCCCGCAGCUCAGAUGACUCGGCUCGCACCCGCUCUCCACUGGGUGGUGGAGGGGGCUGACCCCCGCAGCGCCCUGCGGGUGGCGCGGAGCUACUUCCUGACCAGGGGUUGUGGGACCCGGGACGUUUUUGCAGACCCGGAGGAGCGGGAGGAGGAGGAGGCCGAACAGGGGUUCAUGUUUGCCUCCGCCAUUGCGGCGUGGGAGGGGCAGGCGGGGGAGGUGGUGAUGAUGAUGAGGAUGUACGCGGCCGUGGUGGAGGCAGCUCACGCGGCCAUGUCACACUUUGCCUUGGUCGACGGCGCCACGGCCCUCAGCGCCAAGGCGGUGGCGGUGGAAGUGCUGGCCAGGCGGGCGGAGCAGCUGGGGCUGGCGGGGAGCCCCACUGCCGCCCGGCUCAGAUUCACGCUGAUGCAAAUGGACCACAUGAACCGGGUGACGGUGCCAGCUGUGCGGGGCAGCAGACAGCUCAAGGUAAUUCGGUUGAGCCUCCCGGACAUCUCCCCUCGGAACUCCGGGGGAAAGCUGCUGGGCGGACUGGUGUACGGCGAUACCUUCUUGGAACUUCCGCCGACGCCGCCGUACACCACCGCGUCGGCGGCAUCGACGGUUGCUAGCGGUUGGCGGUUGUUAGUUUUAACGGAGGGUAUCCCGGCGAUGGUCGCUAUUCCCGGCGGCGGCGGUGUUGAGGAGGUGCUGGAGGGCCGGGCGCUGCGCAGCCUGAUGCGUGUGGUGGAGGAGGGGGGAACAGGGGGCGGCGGGGGCCGCCUGCGGACCUCUCAAGCCCGGACCAGCAGCCUAAGCUCGCGGCGGGAGCUGGAGAGGCGGGCAGCGGGGGCGGCGGCGGAGGCGGAGGCGCUGGCGGGGAAGUUGCGGGCGCGGAAGGGGGCGGGAGGGCCGGAACCCGGGGAGGAGCUGGAGGGGGAGGUGGAGGAGGAGGAGGAGGCGGAGGAGGAGCCUGCUGCUGCUGCGUCUUCCUCACCGGCUACUGCCGCCGCUGCCAAGCUCCGUCCCGCGGAUGCUCUCGGGCGGUUGCUAACCCUGGGAGGAGGCGGUGACGAUGCCGUACUGCUGACCGGCGCCCCCGUCUGUCCCGCCUUGUACGGCACCUUGUACUGCUUUUCCGGGGGCCUUGUGUUCGUGGAGGCGAUUAGUCGGGCCCUAUGGGUGCUCGACCUGCGAGGUGGCGGAGCGGCUGUAGCGGGAGGGGGUGUAGCGCCAGCGGCGGCGGCGGGUGUGGAGGCCGUCACCAUACAGCAACUGCCGCUGCCGCAAAGGGCUGUAGCGGCUGCUGCUGCUGCGCUGUCGCUGUCGGCGGCAGAUGGCGCGGGAGAUAGCGCCUCCGGGGGCGGGGGCGGGGUUCGUGUGGGUUUGGGGGAGGCAGUUGUGUUUCGCGGCAGCUCCCCUGCCUGCGGUCUCCCCCCCGCCUGCCACGUCACCGCCAAUACACACGUGGCACUUCCACUGGAGGCCAUGUCGCCGGCCGCUCGGCGCUUCCUAAUCCAGUCCGUACUGCCAGCCUGGCAGCAGACUUGCCGGGAGGCGGCCGCGGCUGCAGCUGCAGCCGGGCCGCUGCCCGGGCCCCCCUCUCCCGCCUCCUACCUGAAGGACAUGACCGCGCCCAACCCCUUCCCGCCGGCAUUGCACCGGGCUCAUGCGUACGCCAUCCAGGUGUCGUCCAUGGUUGGCGGCGGCAGCGGCGGUGGUGAUGGCGGUCGAGGGGUGGCGGCCGGGCCGAGGGUGGCGCUGUUGCCGCCGGACGAAGGGCCGCUGGGGGAGAAGCACUUCGCGGCAGCUUUAGCCGCUGCCGCCGCCGCCGACGGCGCAGCGGUCGCCGCUGCGCCGCGGCACUUAGUCAUAGCGACGAGUUCGUACACUGGCCUGUCGGAGCAGUUGCGGAUGUUGGCGGCGGCGGCAGUGGGUGGCGCGGCGGGGCGGUGGCGGCUGGCGGCGGUGGUGGUGUGCGUCAGCGGCGACGUGUCGUACGAGGAGCCUGGUCGCGGAGUGCUGGCGGGCGGUCUGCUGGCGCAGAUGCUACCCGGCUUCGUGGAUUGUGUAGUGCUUGGAGGAAGCGAUGCCGCCAAGGUAUCACAAGGCACACGGUGUACGGAAAUGAAGAUCUCGUCGCUAGGAUCUGUCGUUUCGGAGCUGUCUGAGUUGGUGGCCUCGCGACUUCCCGAGGUGCCGCUGGUGCGGUCGAGUCGUACGGCAUUGCUGAGGGCCCGCCAGGAGCUGCUGCCGCCGCCGGCGGAGAGAGCCGUACGGCUUGCGUCGCAGCGGGCGGCCGCAGACAGGGCGGCGUGGGCGCCGCUGGCAGCUGCCGCCACCGCUGCCGCUGCCGUCGGCGGGUCGUGCUCGGGCGGUUUGUUUGGGCAGCUGCGGGCGACACGAGUGGUGGUGGAGGGCAGUCUGGACGUGACUAAGCUCAAGUGUGUAUUGAACGACGCGCGCGCGCGUCUAUUUGUGGCGCUGUUGAUUGCUUUUGCCCGUACGGUGUUGCCGUACUGCCGUAGGGCUGCAGUAGCUGGUCUGGGUGCGCCUCAAGACCCUGCCUGGGCGCCCAGACUCCCGCUGCUGGAUGAGGACAACAACAACAACCACAACAACCAACAUAACCAACUCAACCACCACCAGCAACACGACGCGGCAGCGGGAAAACAACCCGUGCGAGCAGCGGCUUCUCCUGCCGUACCAGUAGCAUCAGUAGCAUCCGACGGUCCUGGAUCCGUUUGUGGCCAGCAGCUGGUUUGCGUGAGCGGCUGUUUGCGACUGAGUGACGGCGGGGCCCUGAUGGAGGUGGUGGGGACCAGGCAGUUGGCGCUGAGGAGCCGGGAGUGGCCGCUGGCGGAGGCGGCUAUAGUGCUGGGUGCUCCCGUACUGCCGUACGACGGGCGCUCCCCGGGCGGUGAGCUGCUGUUCGUGGGCAGCGGAGCCGCUGUGGAGCCGCAGCGUGUGAAGGCCCUGCUCGCGUCCUGCGGUGUCGGAGGGGACAGCAACGGCAACGGCGGCAACGGCAGUGCUGCGGCAGCGCCGGCGGCGGUGCCGGCAAGUGCCGGCGAGCUGACGUCAUCACAGCGUACGGCCAUUCGGGCGGCCCGCCUUUGGGACCCCCUUCCCGAGGGUUACUGCUUCAACGGGACGCAGUACUUCGACGCCUUCGGGGACGCGUCCUUGGAACAUCCGCACAUGGACAGGUUCAUAGCGGAGUGGAUAUCGGAGCAGCAGCAGCAGGCGGAUCGAUCGCAGCGUGGCGGUACCGAAGCGGGGCGAAGUGCGGGAGGAGCCCCGCGAGUGAUGAUACGUUCACAGCGCAUGGACCCAGCGCAAAACCCUCCAUUCAUCCAGACCAUGAAAUUGCAUUAA